GUACAUGACUGCAAAAAUCAUUGUAAAGUUCUUCUGUCAAAAGUUCAGGACAAUGGACAGCAAGAAAGAACCUGAAGAAUCCCCGGACACGACCAGUGCAGGUGCAGACAGUACUACCACAGCAGUACCAAUAGAAGAAACCAAACCUUCCAGCUCGACAGAAAGCAGCCAGACCUCAUCUACAGAACCUGGGCUUUUACCAGGGGAGACAGUUGUGAGAGAGGGAAAGGCUGCCAUUUUAUUCCCAAGUGCUAAUGAGGUGUUCUACAACCCUGUGCAGGAAUUCAAUCGAGAUUUAACGUGUUCGGUGAUCACAGAGUUUGCUAGGGAGCAGCUGGCUCAGAGGGGCAUCCGGAUCUUGAUCCCGGGUGAGAAAGAUCGAGUUGUGGUUCAACUCUCGGAGGAGAAGAAUGGAAAGGUGGACCAGGAAACAUCAGAACAGCCUGAAAAUGAGCAGCAAAUGGAAGAAGAGGGUGACAAGAAAGAGUUCAUCACUGCAUCUGUAGGGGAAAGAUGUGAGCAAGGUCUGCGUGUGCUGGAGGGUCUGGCAGCAUCAGGCCUGCGUUCUGUACGUUUUGCUCUGGAGCUUCCUGGCCUGAAGAGCAUCACUGCUAAUGAUUACUCUGCUAAAGCUGCUGCCCUGAUCGCCCGCAAUGCACAACACAACAACGUGUCCCACAUACUGCAAGCCAGCCAAAGAGAUGCUAGUAUGGUGAUGUAUGAGGCAAGAGGGAGGAAGGAACUAUAUGAUGUUAUUGAUCUUGACCCCUAUGGCAGCCCUUCUCCAUUUCUGGAUGCAGCUGUGCAGGCUGUCAGUGAGGGUGGGUUGCUCUGCAUUACGUGUACGGAUAUGGCUGUAAUGGCUGGAAAUAGCGGGGAGACCUGCUACAGCAAAUAUGGCUCUGUGUCCAUCAAGUCCAAAUACUGUCAUGAGAUGGCUUUACGUAUAAUUCUGCACAGUUUAGAUCAGAGAGCAGCUGUUUAUCAGCGCUACAUUGAACCUCUCUUGAGUGUGAGUGUGGAUUUCUACAUCCGUGUAUUCGUCAGAGUCAAAACAGGCCAAGUCGUGGUCAAAAAUUCUGCAAGACAAAAUAGUAUAGGAUUUGAUUCAGCCAUUUAUCAAACUGUUCUUAUCUUGGGCGGUCCCAUCUGGGCGGAGCCUAUUCAUGACAUUACAUUUGUUCAGAAGGUUCUGAGUGCCAUUUCAGGGAACCCCACCCGCUUCAGAACGUCCAAGCGGAUCGAGGGGGUGCUUAGCAUGGUGACCGAGGAGCUGCAGGAUAUUCCUCUGUAUUAUGUUUUGGAUCAUUUAAGCAGCACAGUUCACUGCAACACUCCGUCCAUGCUGCAGUUCAGGUCAGCUCUCCUGCACGCUGGGUACAGAGUGUCUCUCUCUCAUGCCUGCAAAAAUGCAGUGAAGACCGACGCUCCUGCUGAGGUGUUGUGGAACAUCAUUCGUUGCUGGGAAAAGUCCAACCCUGUGAAAAGAGAGCGGUUAUCAGAAACCAGUCCUGCUCACCGCAUUCUCUCCAAAGAGCCAACUCUUCAAGCCUGCUUUGAAAUCAGAGAAGACGCAAACCCUCAAUCACGAAAACGGCACCUCACACGUUUCCAGGAGAACCCACAGGCCAACUGGGGACCCAAAGCCCGUGCCAAAGCUGGUGGAGGAAUCUCCUCUGAGCUGGAGGACAAAAGGAAACAGUUUCAGGGUAAAAGAAAGAAACCGAUCACAGACUCUUCUCAACUCAAGAGCUUCCCCUGUAAGAAGUUUCGGAAGGGAACAUGUACAUAUGGAGAUAAAUGCUGUUAUUCGCAUGAACACGAGCAAGAAACUGAGGAAAAGAUGGACUAAGUGGUUUUCUCACUACUGCAUAAUGCAUGUGUCCAAAUGUGUACAGAUUCGCAACUAAAGUUUAUGUUAAGUGGAGUUGUGCCAUGCAAGUUUAAUUUUUCUGGCGAUGCGUUGGUGGGACACAUUUUAUUAUUUGCAGUCAUUUUAUAUUUUGAAUGUUCUAGUUUUGCCUGGCAAGUAAAUACUAAGUGAAUGGUUAUGUAUUUCUAUUCAGCAUGAGCGGGACACAUCAUGUAUCAUUUAAAAACAAUUUAUUACUGGUCAUUAAAUUUAUUCCACAGUUCAUUCUUU